CUUAAAACCAUUACUUGGAAAAAGCUGUUCAAGUCAUGAAAAAGCUUGUUUACGAAACUUAAGCAAACCCCACUUAAGCUACCUACUAGCUUUUAAUUUUAACUAAAGAGAGAAAAAAAAAAAAGAAAAAGAAAUCUUGAUCAGAAUUAGAACCCAUUUGGUCAAAGAAUUACUAGCAGGAAACAACUGUACUUUCCUCUACUAUUUGCUAAUGGGAAGAAGCAAAUUUGCAAAACUUAAGCCUUAACCAAUGGCUGAGUUGGCUUAUUUGAAGCUUAACCCUCCCUCUCUCUGCAUGUGUGUGUAUGUAUAUAUAUAUAUGCUCCUUCACUACCCUAUUCAUUGCAGCUCUCUUCUCCGUACUAACGUUGCUGUAAGAGUUAAUUAGGAGAGGAGCAGCGUAGCUAAACACAGCCAUGGAUAAAAGAAAGUCAUGUAUGCUACUAGCUUUCUUUCUUGUUUUCGUCUUGAUGGAAGCAAACACCGUUCAAGCUCAAAAGAAAAGCAAUAGCAGCAGCAUAAAGAAGUCCCCCUAUGACGCUGCUAUAACUCAUUACUACAUGUUGCCGACAUUACCUACAGGGAAUGAACAAGCUUAUUGCCUGGCCAGAGGGGCCUGCCAGAACAAAACCUUGGUCUGUCCAGAUCAAUGCAAAGAGAGGAAGCCUGCACAAAACAAGAAGCAGAAAGGUUGCUUUAUUGACUGUAGUAGCAAAUGUGAAGCCACCUGCAGAUGGAGAAGGCCUAACUGCAAUGGUUAUGGCUCUCUGUGUUAUGAUCCUCGAUUCGUCGGUGGUGAUGGUGUGAUGUUCUACUUCCAUGGAGAAAAGGGAGGAAACUUUGCCAUUGUCUCUGAUGAUAACCUACAAAUCAAUGCACACUUAAUCGGAACUCGACCACAAGGAAGAACUAGAGACUUUACAUGGGUGCAAGCUCUCUCCAUCAUGUUUGACACUCACACACUAGUUAUUGCAGCAAAGAAAGUCGCACACUGGGAUAAUAACAUUGAUGCUCUUAUAGUAAAGUGGGAUGGAAUGGUAGUUGACAUCCCCACUGAUGGCGAGGCGGAAUGGAGGACUAAUGGUGAAGAAAGAGAGGUUGUUGUUGAAAGAACAGAUGAUGCUAAUACUGUACGAACCACAGUUGCCAAUCUAGUGGAGUUAAAUAUAAAAGUGAGGCCAAUUGGGAAAGAAGAGAACAGGAUUCAUAACUAUCAGUUGCCAGAAAAUGAUGCUUUUGCUCAUCUGGAGACACAGUUCAAGUUUUUCAAUCUGACAGAUCUUGUUGAAGGAGUUUUGGGCAAGACUUACAGGCCAGAUUAUGUUAGCCCUGUCAAGAUUGGUGUUCCUAUGCCAAUGAUGGGUGGAGAAGACAAGUACCGUAUUCCAUCUAUCUUUUCACCUCUUUGCAGUGUUUGCAGAUUUCAAAGACAGUUUAGCUUUGAAGCUAUUAAGGAAGUAUCUGAAUACUAAUAACAGAAAAUAAAAGUAAUGAUGAACAGAUUUAGUGUCUAAAAAAUUUAUCUGAUUUUGUCUUCUCUGAGGUUUGUAUUUGGAAUAUGAAUAAAUAAAAUGCAAGAAAACUUGUCAGUGUUA